CUGAUUUCCAAACCCUUGGGCUUUGCCACGUCUCAUGAUCUUUCUAAAGCCCUCUCCCUCUCGGAACAACGCUUUUGGUUUCUCCUGCCCACUGCAGGUCGGGCGGCACCAGGCGACCAGUUUUGUAGCCCUCCUCCUUCCAACGUCCUUGUUGCCCCUCUGGUCACCGUUAAUUUAGCGACUGCAAGGUUAGAGAUUCGUUUUUGUGAAGAGACAAUAUGCCAUUGGGACUGAUACUAGGUGUAGGAAGGGCAAUGCGAAGAAAGCGCACAUCGUCCCUUGAAAUUCUGUCGUCAAAACGGGCCCCAAGGGAUUACUACAAGGGAAAAAAUUGCAAGUCAACUGGUUUCCAUACGCGCAAAGGGGGCUACGUUGUGAUGCCUGAGAAAUUGCCAAACUAUGUUGUCCCUGAUUUGACUGACUUCAAGCUCAAGCCAUAUGUAUCUCAAUGCCCAAUAGAAAUGAAAACUACUGAGGCCACUGAUGCGGUUAAAUAAGAAAAUGGAGUGAUAUUUGACAGUCAAUUGCUGCUGUAUGAACUCCAUGGUGUAGAUACUGCUGAAGUGCAUGAAAAAAUGACUUCUAGGUUUUACAAAACCCAAAUGACCUGCCCUUUUCUGAACUAUUUUGCAUCAAGCUUCUUAGAACUAUGAUCGACUAAACGGUGAAAGUUGUAACUGGGGGAGGGAGGAUCAAAAUUUCCCGGAUUUUGGUUCAUAACUGCGCAUGCCUGCUUCUGAACCCCCUGGAUUGGUUACUGGGGUCAUUCGAAGCAAUGUUUUUCCUUAUCAAUGUUCAAGUUUUAAAGUUUCUCCUUUGUUGAUUGGUUUGGAUAUUUGAGCUUUGCUCAUUCAAAAUAUCAACAGUUCAUAUUUGAUGUUUU